UUUUAUUUGAAAAAUUGCUCAGACAGUGUGUAAACUUAAUUGCUUGAGUUCUGAUAUACCUUUCGUGAAGCGUGGACCGUGGGAAUUUGCCAGGUGACACAAUUAGGAGCAUAUGUGCACCCAUUUUACAUACGUAUGUAAGUAAGUCGAUUGCGUGUGAACUUUCAAAACACAAAUAGGCAAAAACAAAACAAAAACACCUAAGUAUGCAACAUAUGUAUGCAUGCAUGUCCGUACGAGUUUCCACAUAAAAACCUCAUUAUUGCUAAUGGCUGAAAUAUACAUUUGACAUUCGUUGUUCUACAUUCGUAUUUCGGUUGUCAUUCGAGUAUGCUGCCACUAGCUACAGUUAAAAGCCACAACAUUUUCGAUGUCUAGUGGCAUGAAAUCACUUACUUGAAUAAGUCAACGCACAUACCGGUACGUGUGUUAAAGGCAAAUUAUGAAAUUCGCACUUAAAAUCGGUUGGAAAAUCGGAAAUGUCACUGCGGAUGCGCGUUUACGCAUGCAACAACAACAGCAAAUGCGCAAAAGCCAACGUAUGUGGCGUCGUCAGUGUGACAAGGGCGGCACGCGCCGGCUUAGCCAAAGUGCCACAAAUGUUGCCGCAAUAUUUGGACCAUCAACGCCCCAGCGUGACCACAAAGCUCUACUAAUUAAGCGUACGUGUACCGAAUUUCUCGCCCAAAUGGAGCUGCUGCAUUUGCAGAUAGAUAAACCACCAAAAGUUUUAGCUAAGUCGGAGAAGAAAAAGUUUCAACCCGAUGGCAGUUUUCAUCAAGCGGUAGGAAGAGUCUUUCUCUUUGCCGAGUUUUUCGCUUUCAUGCCAGUCAAGGGAGUGACAGCAUCACAGCCCAGCCAAUUGUCAUUCUCUUGGACAAAUCUACGAACUUUAUAUUGUUUGCUUUUCAUACUGACGACUACAAUUGAUUUGGGAUUGUCAAUAAACAAAUUGCUAUAUAAACCUAUCAACUUCAAUAGUGUAGAGCCACUAAUAUUUCGCAUGUCCAUCAUUGUGGUUUGCAUUAGCGCUAUUGUAUUGGCGCGCAAAUGGCCGGCAUUGAUGUUGUACUGGGAUGAGAUGGAGAGCGAUUUGCCGGAGUAUUUAACGCAAAUGGAAAAAGGACGUCUGGCGUACAGGAUUAAAAUAGUGACAAUUGUGGCCAUGAUGUUGUCACUCGCCGAGCAUUUACUGAACAUUAUUUCCAACAUACUCUACUCCAAUGCCUGUCCACAGUCUGAUGACCCAAUUAAGGAUUACUUUAUUCUUACCAAUCAGCAAAUUUUCGAUGUCUUCCCUUACUCUGUGUAUUUAGCUAUUUGUGGAAAAUUAGAGAAUAUUAUAUGCACCUUCAUUUGGAAUUUUAUGGAUGUGUUUGUGAUGAUUGUCAGUCUGGGAUUGGCGGCAAAAUUUAAGCAGCUCAAUGAUAACUUAUUCAAGUUCAAGGGCAUGCAAAUGCCCGAGAUCUUCUGGUUGACUCGCCGCAAACAAUACCGGAACCUUUGUGAGCUUUGCGCACGCAUUGAUGGCGCCAUUUCGCUCAUCACAAUGAUAUCCUUUUCGAAUAAUUUGUAUUUUAUUUGUGUGCAACUGCUGCGUAGCCUUAAUAAAAUGCCUUCGUUCGCACAACUCGUCUACUUUUACUUCUCGCUUUUCUUUCUUAUCGGUCGCACAUUGGCUGUCUCAUUGUGUUCGGCCAGCAUCAAUGAUGAAUCUCGCAAACCGUUGCGCGUUCUACGCUGCAUACCCAAGGAAUCGUGGUGCACUGAGGUGAAACGUUUCUCGGACGAUAUUAACAGUGAUUUGGUUGCAUUAAGUGGCAUGAAAUUCUUUUAUCUCACACGGAAAUUGGUGCUGAGCGUUGCUGGAACGAUUGUGACAUAUGAGCUGGUACUUAUACAAUUUCAUCAGGAUGGUGCGCUGGGUGAAUGUGUUAGUAAUCUACGCCCUCUGUCAUCGGCGAGUAAUGGUAGCGCGCAUUGAGUUGGCGUAGGUGAAUUGGCCAAUAACAGUUAUUACAUAAGUAUUCUACAUACACAUCUACAUGUACAUAUAUCAAUAGAUUGAUGACAAAUCUAUUCGUAAGUAAAACGGAAGGUUAUUGCAAUCAUAAUGUCAAGCCAUCGAUGUCGAUGAAAUAAGGUCAUGUUAAUAAGGAAAA